CAGUUUGAGAAACAUUGGCUGUACCUGAAAGUCCUUAUAAGCACAGAUUUCAGAAAUGAUAUUAACCUAGAAACACCUCAUAAAGUUAUUAAUUUGAACGCGUGGUGGCGGUGCAGGCUAAAAGAAUCAGUAAAUGCUAAGCAGAUCCACUGGACUCCAUUUUACCCAGAAGCCAAAGUGAUAAUACGGAACAUAUUUACAGCUAAAGCUAACACAGAAGUGUUCUGGAAGGCAGUAAUCACCACAGAAGUUAUAAGAGCGAAUUUUUAAAAAUCACAUUUGAAAGGGUCAGCUGCGGACCUGGUGCUUGGGAGCUGAAAAGGAUUUCCCCUCUGGAAUCAGAUAUAACAAUAGAGAUGGUGCCAACAAAAGUACAGCAUAAAAAAAGGCAAGUGGCUAUCUUCAUUAUAUUGAUGUUUUUGUGGGAGACGGAUGCAAAAUCCAUUCAGUAUUCCAUAAUGGAGGAGACAGAAACCGGUACAUUUGUAGCCAACUUGUCAAAGGAUCUGGGACUCAGAGUGGGAGAGCUUGCUCAGCGGGGAGCCCAGGUUAUUUUCAAGGGGAACAGACAGCAUUUGCAGCUUGAUCCACAGACCCGUGAUUUGCUGCUGCUAAAUGAAAAGCUGGACCGAGAGGAGCUGUGUGACUCUGCUGAGCAAUGUGUGCUGCCUUUCCAGGUGUUACUGGAAAAGCCCUUACAGUUUUUUCAGGCUGCCUUGCAAGUCAGAGAUAUAAAUGAUCAUGCUCCGGAGUUUCCUGCCAGAGAAAUGCUUCUUAAGAUAUCUGAAAUGACAACGCCAGGAAAAAUAUUUCCUUUGAAAAUGGCACAGGAUUUAGAUGCUGGCAGCAACAGCCUUCAGAGCUACACAGUCAGCUCCAAUCCUCACUUCCACGUUCUCACCCGGACUCGCAGUGAUGGCAAGAAAUUCCCGGAGCUGGUGCUGGAUAAAGCAUUAGACCGCGAAGAGCAGCACCAACUCAGAUUAACCAUUACCGCGUUGGAUGGCGGGGCUCCGCCGCGGACAGGUACCUCAGAGAUUCAGAUACUGGUUUUGGAUAGCAAUGACAAUGCCCCCGAAUUUGCUUAUCAGCUUUAUGAGGCUAUGGUCCCUGAAAACAGCCCUCUUGGCUCUCUAGUUAUUACUGUCUCAGCCAUUGAUUUAGACGAAGGAUCCUUUGGGAUGGUAUCUUACGCAUUAUUUCAAGACGAUGACGUUAAUCAAACCUUCAAAAUAAAUGCACUCACCGGAGAAAUACGAGUGAGGGACACUUUGGAUUUUGAGAAAUUUCAGUCCUAUCACUUGGAUGUUGAAGCUACUGAUGGCGGUGGAUUAACAGGAAAAUGCUCUUUAAUCAUUAAGGUCCUGGAUGUCAAUGACAACUCGCCUGAACUGACCAUGUCCUCACUCAAUAGUCACAUCCCUGAAAACUUGCCAGGGAUCAUAGUAGCAGUUUUUAGUGUUUCAGAUGCAGAUUCUGGGUAUAACCAACAGGUUAUUUGUUCCAUAGAUGACAACAUCCCUUUUCUUCUAAGACCAUCUGUGGAGAAUUUCUACACUCUGGUAACAGAUGGACCACUGGACAGAGAAAAGAAGUCAGAGUACAACAUCACCAUCACGGUCACCGAUUUGGGCACACCCAGGCUGAGAACCCAGCACAACCUAACCGUGCAGGUCUCCGACGUCAACGACAACGCCCCGACCUUCACCCAGGCCUCCUACACCCUGCUGGUCCCCGAGAACAGCAGCCCCGCCCUGCACAUCGGCACCGUCAGCGCCACGGACAGAGACUCGGGCGCCAACGCCCAGCUCACCUACUCGCUGCUGCCGCCCCGAGACCCGCAGCCCGGC